AUGAAGCUGUUUCGGAUCACGGCAAGCCGACCGACGUCGUGGCCACCCUCUUCGCAACUUCCCUUCGUCUCCGAUUCACUACGGCGUGUUUACGAUCGCCACCUGGCGCCAGGCUUGACUGACCUCGUGACGGGUUUGACAAGCGUUUACCUCGUCUCGUACCGACAUGAAGUAGCCGACUUUGUGUAUGAAAUGAAGAUGCUUUUCGAAGAAUAG